AACGCCAGACUGCAAUUCCACUCAGAGCCUCUGGGCGCCGCUGUCGGCCAGUGCAGAGCAAGCUCCAACGCCCGGGAUCCCUCAGUCUCUAGGCUGGAAUUUCCUGCGCAGAAACGAAUACACUCCAAAGGGAACUCUCGCUCACAGAGACUAAGACACCGAUUUCCAGCCCCAAACUGGGGUCCGGCCGUACGGGGCCAGAUGCACCUCCGCCUCGGAAGACCGCACUCUAUCCUACUGUGAAGAUCCGAAGACCUAGAGAGAACCCGAGCCAGCAAUGGGAGGGAGCUGCGCGCAGAGGCAGCGCCCCGGCCGCCCGCAGGUACUGUUUACCCUGCUGCUGCCUUUGUUCUGUCCCGCGCUGGGCCAGCCGGUCCGCUACUCCAUCCCGGAGGAGCUGGACCGCGGCUCUGUGGUGGGGAACCUCGCCAAGGACCUGGGGCUCAGUGUCCUGGAAGUAUCUGCAAGGAAGCUGCGGGUUAGCGCUGAGAAGCUGCACUUCAGUGUGGACGCGGAGAGCGGGGAUUUACUGGUGAAGGACCGCAUAGACCGCGAGCAGAUAUGCAAAGAGAGAAGAAAGUGUGAGUUGCAGUUGGAAGCCGUGCUGGAAAACCCCUUGAAUAUUUUUCAUGUCGUUGUGGAGAUUGAGGAUGUUAACGACCACGCUCCUCAAUUCCCAAAAAAUGAAAUAAACUUAGAAAUAAUUGAAUCCGUCAACCCAGGGAUGAGAACAAUUCUGGAGUCUGCGAAAGAUCCUGAUAUUGGUGUGAAUUCACUGAGCAAGUAUCACCUAAGUCCUAACGAGUAUUUCUCAUUGUUGGUGAAAGACAAUCCUGAUGGUGGCAAAUACCCAGAAUUAGAACUGCAAAAGACGCUGGACCGAGAAACCGAGAACACCCACCACCUGGUGCUGACAGCUGUAGACGGUGGGGACCCGCCCCGAAGUGGCACCGCUCAGCUCCGAAUCCGCGUGGUAGACGCCAAUGAUAACCCCCCAGUGUUCAGCCAAGAUGUGUACAGAGUCCGCCUUCGGGAAGAUGUGCCUCCAGGGACCGCCGUCCUAAGGCUAAGCGCGACGGAUCAGGACGAGGGCAUCAAUGCGGAGUUCACAUACUCCUUCCUGGGUGUGGCUAACGAAGCUCAGCACGUGUUCUCUCUCGAUUCCCUAACUGGAGACAUCGUAACUCACCAGUCCUUGGAUUUUGAAGAAGUAGAAAAAUACACGAUUGAUGUAGAGGUAAAGGACCGAGGAUCUCUUUCUUCACAGUGUAAAGUAAUUAUAGAAGUUCUAGAUGAGAACGACAACCACCCAGAAAUAAUCAUCACUUCCCUCUCUGAUCAGAUUUUGGAGGAUUCCCCUUCUGGAACGGUUGUGGCCCUCUUCAAAGUAAGGGAUCGAGAUUCCGGGGAAAACGCACAAGUCACGUGCAGUUUAAGUGGAGACAGUCCAUUUAAGAUUCAUUCUUCUUCCAAUAAUUACUACAAGUUAGUGACAGACAGCAUCCUAGACCGGGAACAGACCCCAGGGUACAAUAUCACUAUCAUAGCCACGGAUAGAGGCAAGCCACCCCUUUCCUCCAGCAUAAUCAUAACUCUGCACGUUGCUGACGUCAACGACAACGCACCUGUUUUCCAACAGCCCGCCUAUCUGGUAAACGUACCAGAAAACAACCAGCCCGGUACCUCCAUAGCCCAAGUCAAAGCACGGGAUCCAGAUCUUGGACUAAAUGGCCUCGUCUCCUACUCCAUCAUAGCCAGCGACCUAGAACCAAAGGCGCUGUCCUCCUACGUGUCGGUGAACCAGGACAGCGGAGUGGUGUUCGCUCAGCGCGCCUUCGACCACGAGCAGCUGCGCUCCUUCCAGCUGACUCUGCAGGCGCGCGACCAGGGCUCGCCCGCGCUCAGCGCCAACGUGAGCAUGCGCGUGCUGGUGGGCGACCGCAACGACAACGCACCACGCGUGCUGUACCCCGCGCUCGAGCCCGACGGUUCCGCGCUUUUCGACAUGGUACCGCGUGCUGCAGAACCCGGAUACCUGGUCACUAAGGUGGUGGCGGUGGACGCAGACUCCGGACACAACGCCUGGCUGUCAUACCACGUGCUGCAGGCCAGCGAUCCCGGGCUCUUCAGCCUGGGGCUGCGCACUGGCGAGGUGCGCACAGCGCGUGCCUUGGGCGACAGGGACGCAUCAAGGCAGCGCCUUCUGGUCGCUGUGCGGGAUGGUGGACAGCCACCGCUCUCUGCCACUGCCACAUUGCUCCUAGUUUUCGCAGACAGCCUACAAGAAGCAUUGCCAGACCUCGUCGAUCACCCCACUCCUUCCGACUCCCAGAGUGAGCUUCAGUUUUACCUGGUGGUGGCCUUGGCCUUGAUCUCAGUGCUUUUCCUCUUCGCGGUAAUUUUGGCCAUUGCUUUGCGCUUGCGACAGUCUUCCAGCUCUUCAACCACUGGCUGCUUGGGGCCAGUUCUCGGCUCCAAGUCUCGACCUGUACUUCCACCGAACUACAGCGAAGGGACAUUGCCCUAUGCCUAUAAUAUGUGCGUGCCGGGAGAUCAAGCUAAACCAGAAUUUAAUUUUCUCACUUCUGUUGGUGAUUAUCCAGCCACACAAGAUAUUCUCAACAAAGAUAGUUCCUCAGCACUGUUGACUAGCAUUUUAACUCCUAGUGUUGAAGCAGACGAGAAGACCUUUAACCAGCAAGCCCCGCCCAACACCGACUGGCGUUUCUCUCAAGCCCAGAGGCCCGGCACGAGCGGCUCCCAAAAUGGCGAUGAAACCGGCACCUGGCCCAACAACCAAUUUGAUACGGAGAUGCUGCAAGCCAUGAUCUUGGCCUCUGCCAGUGAAGCUGCCGAUGGGAGCUCCACUCUGGGAGGGGGUGCUGGCACCAUGGGCCUGAGCGCUCGCUAUGGACCCCAGUUCACCCUGCAGCACGUGCCUGACUACCGCCAGAAUGUGUACAUCCCUGGCAGCAAUGCCACCCUGGCCAACGCGGCCGGCAAACGGGACAGCAAGGCCCCGGCAGGCGGGAACGGCAACAAGAAGAAGUCGGGCAAGAAAGAGAAGAAGUAACAUGGAGGCCAGGCCUUGAGCCACAGGGCAGCCUCCCUCCCCAGCCAGUCCAGCUUGUCCUUACUUGUACCCAGGCCUCAACAUUUCAGGGCUCACCCCAGGAUACUGGUAGGAGCCAAGGCCAUGCUCCCCGUUGGGAAACAGAAACAAGUGCCCAAGUCAACACCCCCUUCUCUGUGCCCUAGGGGGUUGAAUAUGCAAAGAGUUCUGCUGGGAACCCCCA